AACAUGAACAAAAUUAGUUUUCUACUGGAUACCUGGGCGAUUGAAUCAAAACUCCUGUAUUCCACAAAUAAUUCAUUCCAUCUUAUUUGUGGCACGUAACAAAUUUAUGCUGAACUUAUUAACUCUCUGGCCCAAAAUAGAGUAUUAAACCCAAACAUUUAAAAGAAAAAAGAAUUCAUAAAGGUGAAUGGGCAAAUGCUUUUUAGUCUUUAUCCUAGUCUGUAUUAUUCUGCCUCUGCGGUCUCAACCAUUUCGUCUUCCCUGCACCAGUUUAUUCACCGCCCCGUCAAUCUCAAUCACCACGUCCGUCAAUACUUCCUGGCAGCCGUUAACAUUUGACGCCUUCGCGGGUUCUACUUUUGCCUUACAGGCCGUCAAUCUGGCGCACAAAAUAGGCAAAUCGAUUCGACGGCCUGGGGUCAUGUCGAAGGCCCGCGUGUACGCAGAUGUAAACGUUAUUCGCCCCAAAGAUUACUGGGAUUACGAGUCUCUUACUGUGCAAUGGGGUGAGCAGGAGGACUAUGAAGUGGUGAGAAAGGUUGGAAGGGGAAAAUACAGCGAGGUUUUCGAGGGCAUUAAUACAACUAGCAACGAGCCGUGCGUUAUCAAGAUCCUCAAACCCGUCAAGAAGAAGAAGAUUAAGAGAGAAAUCAAGAUUCUGCAGAACCUUUGUGGGGGGCCAAAUAUUGUGCAACUUCUUGACAUAGUUCGUGAUCAACAGUCAAAAACUCCGAGCCUUAUUUUUGAAUAUGUGAACAAUACAGAUUUUAAAGUCCUAUAUCCAACACUUACGGAUUAUGACAUCCGGUACUACAUUUUUGAAAUUCUUAAGGCUUUAGAUUAUUGCCAUUCACAAGGCAUUAUGCACCGUGAUGUCAAGCCACACAAUGUGAUGAUUGAUCAUGAACAGCGAAAGCUUCGUCUCAUUGAUUGGGGGCUUGCGGAAUUCUAUCAUCCAGGAAAAGAAUACAAUGUUCGUGUAGCAUCAAGAUACUUCAAAGGUCCCGAGCUUCUUGUGGAUUUACAAGAUUAUGAUUAUUCUCUGGACAUGUGGAGCCUUGGUUGUAUGUUUGCAGGAAUGAUAUUUCGCAAGGAGCCAUUCUUCUAUGGACAUGAUAACUAUGAUCAACUAGUGAAAAUUGCAAAGGUUCUUGGUACAGAUGAAUUAAAUGCCUACCUGAACAAGUACCGCUUGGAGUUAGAUCCACACCUUGAGGCUCUUGUUGGAAGGCAUAGUAGGAAACCUUGGUCAAAAUUCAUUAAUUCUGACAAUCAGCAUCUGGUUUCUCCUGAGGCUCUUGAUUUUCUAGAUAAGCUUCUUCGUUAUGAUCAUCAAGAAAGGUUUACUGCAAGAGAAGCUAUGGCCCAUCCGUACUUCAAUCAGGUCAGAGCUACAGAGGCAAGCAGAGUCCGCACUCAAUAAGAUUAGUUGAAGAUAUUUCGAUUUCAGGUUUCUGAGUUCAGUUGUCCAAUGAGAAGUGGAAGAUUUGCUGCAUGCUUUGUAUGAUAGUUUGGAAGGCGUCUCUUAAUGGCCAUCAUUUCCGUAUAGUGUAUUUUUGUGAUAUGAAAAAUGACAUUAUUAUUUUGUGCUGCUAUGUAUUACUCUAGUGAGUUAUCUAUUAGGUCUGGUGUCUCUUUUGCUUUCUAUGGGGAACUGCACUUCUUUGUUUUCCACAAAGUUUUGAGAAAUUGCGAACAUUCUAUAUUAUAUUUCUUUGUACUCUAA